UUGUAUUUAAGGAGUGAAUUAAGUAUUUGUUUCACAGUUGUCUUUCAACACGCCAGGAAGAUGGAAAGAACAGGCUAUAUUUUCUACCUCUUUAUGAUUGUCAUCGUCAAUGGGCAUCUGAUUUGUGACAAGACUUCAGAUGGAAAGACCACUGCAGUGUUACUUGGUGGAGAAUUUGAAGGUAAAACUGAAACUUAUCCCUGUAAUUUGGCAAUUGGAGAUGUGGGAGACAUCAUUGGACUAGGAGCCGCUGUUCUUAAUGGACAAAUAAUAUUUUGCGGUGGGACUGCUGGUCCUUCGAGAAAUAAUUGCUACAAAAAUGAAGGUUUUGAUUGGAUAGAAAUUGCAAGUAUGAAUAUCAAAAGAUAUUUCUUUACCAUGACAACGCUUGGAGAUAAAAUGAUUGCUAUAGGAGGAUAUGGCGGUGUUAAUAAUGAAAACCUAAACACGAUGGAGCUCUUUGAUGGUACCUCAUGGACUCUGCUACCUUUCAAUCUUACAUCAGAAAGAGCUCAUCACUGUACAGUUCCUCUAAGGUUACUUGGGGUUUUCUAGGGAGGAAUCGAGUAUUCUUAAAGG